ACUGGCAUUGUAGUCAUUAUAAAAUAGCUUUUGUACUAGAACUCACGUAAGACGUAAGAAAGAUGCUUCGUAACUCAAAGUAUUUGUUCAGUCCAGACGAGCAUUUUGUCCCCUCAAAAUUACAUUUAGGGGACUUCUUUAUCAAGACGUUUAAGAAGUAUGGAGACAAGGUUGCAUUGAUUAAUGGUGCUACUGACAUCGCACUCACCUACAAUGACCUACUCCAAGCAUCUAUGAAUAUUUCUGUUUCUCUUUCUCAACUCGGUUUGAAGAAAGGAGAGACGGUUGGUAUAUGUUCCGAGUCAAGGCUGGAGACCUGGUCUGUGAUCGUCGGAGCGGUUUGCGCUGGAGGUGUGAUGACACCUUUGAACAUUCGAUAUGUAAAAGACGAACUGCGACAUGUUAUGAAUAUAUCAAAGCCGAAAUUUCUUUUUUGUUCUAAGCAAGCAUAUGAUAAUCAUGAAGCUAUAUUCAAGUCAUUGGUUUACGUUGAAAAUAUCAUAUUAUUUGGUGACGAAAGAGUAAAAGGUACAUUACUAUACAAAAAUCUGGCGAUGAUAUCACCGAAUUCGAUGUUGAAGGAAAAUGUGAAUUUUGAAGAAUUUGAAGUAGUGGAUGUACAAGGUCAGAUUGAUACAGUUUUCCUGAUGUAUUCAUCAGGAACGACGGGAUUACCUAAAGGAGUUAUGCAAACGCAUCUAAAUGCCCUAAUUGUAUUUAACUUAUCGUGUUUACUUGAUCCAACACAAAUCGUUUUAAACGUAACAUCUUGGUACCAUGCUAUGGGGUUUAUGAGUACAUUUAUAUACUUGAGCCAUGGCUGUAAACAUAUCUUUUUACCAAAGUUCGAGACUGACUUAUAUUUGAAGACCAUCGAAAAAUAUAAGGUCAAUCUGCUAGUGUUGGUGCCGCCCGUGUUAAUGAGUCUUAUCAAGACAUCCUCGCAGUAUGACCUCAGCUCCGUCGUGGCGAUUGUAAGCGCAGCCGCUGCACUUAGGAAGGAGACUAUUGCAGCUGUCAAAGAAAAAUUCAAAAAUCUGAAAGGCAUUUGUCAGGGAUAUGGUAUGACGGAGACUACAUUCGUUGUAACCAUGGACACUCUCUUCACAGACGGCACGUGCAAACCUGGCAGCGUCGGUAAAGUUGUACCCAAUACAUUAAUAAAGAUUGCCGACGUAGAAACCAGAGAGCCUCUAGGGCCGUACCAAAACGGAGAAGUGUGCGUUAAAAGUCCUCUAAUUUUGAAAGAUUACAUCGGUCACGACAAAAAUUGUUGUUUAGACAAAGACGGCUUCUUUAGAACUGGCGACGUUGGGUACUAUGAUGAAGAUAAGCAUUUGUUUAUUGUUGAUCGAAUAAAGGAAUUGAUUAAAUACAAGGCUUAUCAGGUACCUCCAGCGGAGAUAGAAGCAGUGCUAUUGCAGCAUGAGGGAGUGCGUGACGUAGGCGUGGUAGGGCUACCGAAUCCUGAGGCCGGCGAGCUGCCCGUCGCCUUCGUUGUGCCACAAGCCGGUGCCAACCCUACCGAGGCAGAAUUGCAGCACUUUGUUGCUGAAAGAUUAUCCAAUCCCAAGCAUUUAAGAGGCGGAGUACAUUUCGUGAAAGAAAUACCUAAAACUGCUAGCGGCAAGAUACUACGAAAAGAACUCAGGGAAUUAGCAAUUAAUUUAUAA